AACAGGAAGUUUGUCCGUUGAUAUUCUCAACGCACAGCUUUUAUCGACCGUUUCUUUUGUAACGUCUAUAGGUAUUUGUUGCAUUAUAGUCGAGGAUUUCGGCAACUAUGGCUAGUUCGACGCCAAGCCAAGAUAUUACCUCGAAUAAAAUAGUCGUUAAAGGCAUUCCAUCGAACGUUAGUUCGGACAAACUUACGAUCUACUUCCAGAAAAAGAAAAAUGUCGGCGGGGGUGACGUUCAAUCAGUGACUUUUCCCUUAUCAAACCAAGAGAGUGAUACUGCAAUAAUCACCUUUGAAGAGCAAGAAACUGUUCCGUCCGUUCUUCAACACACACACAAAAUAGCGGGGAAGACAGUUUCUGUAAGCCCUCUGCAACCGCGGCCACGAAUAUUCGAGACUGUCACCGCGAAAAUAUCCGACUACGUCAUUCAACAGUUAAAAAUCAAAUCUGGCGAUGUCGAAGAUGAACUUGAAAGUAUCAUGGAUUCCACUGGGUGCAAUAUCACUCCCGUGGGCAGUGGACAAGGGUAUAAUGCUGAAGGUGAAUGGUAUCAAAUGCAAGCCGUUUUUGAAAGAAUUGAAAAUAUGAUAUCACAAAAUCUGGAUAAUAUGGGACCUAAAAUGGCUCCAGAAAGUGGUUAUUUGUCAAGAAAUGUGUUUCACGAGGUCCCCAGCAUUCCGCUCCAGCCAGUAGUAAUGCCUACUCCACAACAACAACAACCACAACAACCAAUCAAAACCCAGGAAGUUGUAUCAACUGUGAUAGAUAAGGAUAUGUUCGCAUAUAUGAAACUUGUUCAUUCUUCGGAUUUGGAUGAUAUCAAAAAGAAAUUCGACGUUGGCAUGAACGAAAAUGUGGUGGGCGACGCAUCCAAAAUUGUUCUCACUCCUACAACUUCAGAUGGAAACCCUAAAAAAGCGGAAAAAUCUUUGAAUGCUCUUCAUGAUAAAGUUUCAAAUUCUGUCGCUCAAGAUACAACCAAAAUCGAUUCGAAUUUAACUAAAGAAGCACUGGAAGGAAUUUUCGCUAGUCUUCGUCCCGAGUUUCCCCAAGUACACAUGGAUCGAGUACAUGAUUCACCAUGCACCAUCAUAUUCACUGCCCCGAAUCAAGAAAAAUGCAGGAUGGCGUUGGACAUGUUCAAACACUUUCUGGAUCGAGAAAAAAUGAUGAAUAACCCGAAUCAAGGCAAUUCAGGUGGACCCACUGGUGAGAAAGAUAAAAAUAUGAUUUCUGUCGACACAGAUAUUUUUGGAUAUCUUGAACUUACUCGACGCAGUACACUCGAUAGAAUUUGGGGCUCGAACGGUGUGCGAUUGGAUACUCAAACAAUUGGUGAUUGUUUGAACAUACGACUACAUCGUCUAUCAGCUGACCAUAAGUUUGACCCAGAUUCUGCAAUUGAUGAAUUCCAGAAGCUUUAUAACUACGCUCAGGAAAAAACACCUCAAGGCACCUAUGAUUUGAAGGAGCGCUACAAGAGUGUGAUUGGGAGUCGGCAACUUACCGAAGCGAUACGUCUGACUAAAAGCUCGUGUGCAGAUGUUUACGUGGCAGAGAUGCAUGGCUCAAACGACCACGUUUUAUUCAUUGCUGAAACAAAAGAUAAAUACAAAAGAGCAAUGUCGACAUUUGAAAGACUUUUAAGUCAAAAUAAAUGACAUUUUGUAUGAUUGUCAUUUGUCAAAGUGAAUUAUACCACUAACAUUGUAUUCUAUACGUAUAAUUGUAUCUUCAUCGGCAUAAAUUUAAUGAGUCUUUCGUAAAUUUAUUUUGGAAAUUAAUUGUAAAUCACUUAAACCAAUGAAUUUCUGUAUCUAUAAAACCAUCGAUUACUUUUUCAGUAAUGAAAAAAUUCAAAUUUACAUCUGAAAUA